AUGACAGCACAAAAUAACCGAUUUGAGGUUGCAAAAUGCAAUGAUUAUCGAAGGCAGCUACUCAAUGUUAACAUUCGAGUUAGAGCUGAUUUGCGAGAGAACUAUUCUCCAGGUUGGAAAUUCAAUCACUGGGAGCUCAAGGGUGUUCCAAUUAGACUUGAAGUUGGGCCAAGUGAUAUGAAGAGCUGUCAGUUCGUAGCUGUCAGACGAGAUACUGGGAAAAAGCUGACAGUUGCUGAAAAUGAGGCUGAGACUAAACUUCAGGCCAUUUUGGAAGACAUCCAUGUUACCCUUUUCACAAGGGCUUCUGAAGACCUUAAGACUCAUAUGGCUGUGGCUAAUACAAUGGAAGACUUUCAGAAGAUACUAGAUUCUGGAAAGAUUGUUCAGAUUCCAUUCUGUGGGGAAGUUGACUGUGAAGACUGGAUCAAAAAGACCACUGCCAGGGAUCAAGAUCUUGAACCUGGUGCCCCAUCCAUGGGCGCUAAAAGCCUCUGCAUCCCUUUCAAACCACUCUGUGAACUGCAGCCUGGAGCCAAGUGCAUCUGUGGCAAGAAGCCUGCCAAGUACUACACCCUGUUUGGUCGUAGUUACUAAAGGAUACAACAAAAAACCCCUGUCCAAUUCUCCUCACUUUUUAAAAAAUUGAUAUUACUAUCUUCCCAGAUACAGUUUUAUGAUUUUUUUAAAAUAAAAGCUCUAAAAGGAAGUUACAUGACACAAUUAUUCUUAUGCCCAAAUUAACUGUGGAAAAGGCUUUUCUGUGAACAACCCCAGUAAUAAA